AUGCGGGGAGCUCGCGGACAGGCUGCUAUGCCCGGUCGCGACGGACAGCCCGGAUUCCCCGGAACUAUCGGAGGACUUGGAGCUCCUGGACCAGCUGGAGAGGAAGGACCACAAGGAGAGCCAGGAGAGGAUGUUGAACACCAAAUUGGACUUCCCGGACCUAAGGGAGUACCUGGACCACCAGGAGAGGAUGGAGAUGAAGGACAACAAGGAGACGCUGGAGCUCCAGGACAGGCUGGUCCUCCAGGAGAACGUGGACCUCAGGGAGAGAAGGGAGAUGAUGGUGCUACCGGAACUCCUGGAGAGCCAGGAGAGGAAGGAGAACCAGGCAAGGAUGCUGAGUACUGCCCAUGCCCUCAACGCAAUGCUGCUCAGAACGUCCAGGCUGCUGGAUACCGCCGUUACUAG